AUGGGUAAAGUCAAGCUGCUUUGUGAUUCAGAUUACACGCACACCGAUGUCGAGAUAUCCAAGCUGGAAGCGUUAUCUACACUGACCUACAACUUUGAUAAGAAUGAAGGACCCAGGACGCUGGCAUGGCAGAAGACGAAGGAUGUUUUGAUGUUGAAGAAGCUUUUCGAGAAGUAUGAGGAAAGGCCUACACCGCCUGCUGUCUACAACUGGCGCAUUUACGGUACAGCCCUUAUCGCUUCAGCUGCUGCUAUCAUCAUUGGAUAUGAUGGCGGUUUUAUCGGUGGUACCGUUGCCUUGAAAUCAUUCAGAGAUGAGUUUGGUUUAAAUAACAUGACUGAAGCUCACGCCGAUAAAAUCAUUUCUGACGUUAUAUCGGUCUUUCACGCCGGCUGCUUCUUUGGCGCCCUCAUUUCAUAUCCGUUCUCUUAUUACUGGGGUAGACGGAUUUCACUCAUUAUCGCUGCUGCCACUAUCACUGUUGGUUCUGCGAUCAUGUUGGCUGCUUCUUCUGAGAAUGGACUUGCUCCGAUUUACGUGGGAAGAGUGCUUGCUGGUCUUGCUGUUGGGUUCUCGACGAACUUGACUCCUGUGUAUCUUUCUGAAAUCAGUCCUCCUGCCAUCAGGGGCAGAAUCAUUGCAUUAUAUGAAAUCGGUUGGCGAAUGGGAGACUUGGUCGGUUUCUGGAUUAAUUACGGCAUCGACACACAUAUCGCAUCAAGCAAGAAACAGUGGUUUAUUCCUUUUGCUAUACAGCUUGUUCCUAGUGGAAUGUUUCUCGCGGGAAGCAUCAUCAUGAAAGAAAGUCCCAGAUGGUUGUUUUCUGUUAACAGGCAUGACAAAGCAAUCAAUAAUCUAAAAUGGUUCAGAAACUUGAGCGAGGACGACGAAUACAUUAUCUACGAGGUCAAUCAGGUUAAAGAGUCCAUCGAAUAUCAGCGCAACCAUGUCGGUCUUGGUAUUACAGACCCCUUUAAGCAAGUGUUCCUCAGUAAAGACAGAAGAAUUCUUUAUCGUCUAUGCCUCACUUGCUUAUUGUUCCUUUUCCAAAACUUUUUGGGUAUUCAGUCCAUCAAUUAUUACUCCCCUCGCAUCUUUGGAAGCUUAGGCGUUAACGGGACCAAUGCUACCCUAUUCUCGACUGGCAUGUUUGGUGUUGUCAAGUUUGUUUGCACCUUCAUUUACAUCAUCUUCAUUGUGGAUUCAUUUGGUAGACGAAAGGCCUUCAUGUGCUCCUCGACCGUUUGUUCGCUAUGCUUCUGGUACAUCGGGGCAUAUCUUAAAGUGAACGAUCCUACGGAGCCAGGCGUAGAAGCUGGCCCUGGUGGUACUGCUGCGAUCGUUAUGAUGUACAUUUGGAUCUCAUCUUUCAUUCUUGCUUGGUCCGGAGGUCCUUUUGUUAUCGGCAGUGAAGUUUUUGAUCAGAAUAUCCGUUCUUUUGUUCAGGCAAUCAAUGCUGCUGUGUCUUGGGUCCCAAUUUUCAUAAUGAGUCGUUUCACUUCGGACAUGAUCCGAUCGAUGGACUACGGCAUUUAUUUCUUUUUUGCAUCGUUGGCGGUCUUGUCUGUUCCUUUCGUGUACUUCUGUAUACCAGAAACAAAAGGCAUUGCCUUGGAAGACAUGGACAGAUUGUUUAACAAAAAUAUCCCUCCCCGACUUGCUCACUCCAUUGUGCUCAAGGAGGCUAGAAGAGGAGCGGAAGCGCUGAUGAAAGAGCAUCAAGGCCUUUUCAAAACAGACACAAACAAAUUCGAUGAGCAUCUGCACGAUGAAAACUUCAUGAAAUUUAAUACAGACAAGGUAUAG